AAACCGUUACAGUGUUCUCGAUUCAUCCGGCGACUGGUUCGCGGGUGCUUGGUAAAAGGAGAGCGAGAGAUGGCCGCGCGCAGUCAGCGACCACAGGGUGUUACCGACGCACGCACCAUGCACAUCCUAGUCUUCGCAUGUAUACUGGCUUCGGUCGCCGCCGCACCCUCCUACGACCAGCGGCAGGACGGAGAGUACAACAUUCAAGCCGAUGUCCAGAACAUAUUAUUUGUUAUCGGAUUACCAAAGAAAUUGCCCGUCGACAGCCUGCUCAGUCUGCUUUUAAAGAACUCGAAGAGGAGUGGUGAUGAACCGAUUGCGCAAGACAGGGCAGACGUCCAGCCACUGACAGCAUUUGUGGAACCCAACACGCCAUAUCGGGUUAUCAUUGGAUCGGAGGGCGAGAGGCCGGUCGAAGCUGAUGGCGGUAAUGCGAUUGUUAUCGCCGGCCGGCGGCGCUUGGAGGCGGAUUCCGACCCUCAGGAAGAAAUGAAGCUUAUUGGAGCGACGGAACAGUGCGGCCCUGAGCGGAGACGAGAUCCCGUCACCCUUAUUUGUAAAUCCAUCAACGAUCUACGAGCUGACAAGCCGGAUAACACGCCUGAGGUGAUCCCCGUUCCGACAUAACUCCAUAAACCCCGACUGUUAGUAAAAUAAGUUAUUUAUUUAAUUACGUUUAAGAAAACUUUUUUU